AUGGAGCCAGGCCUACAGAAGCCGUUUCCGGGGGCCAUCAGUGAAUACACACUGCAGCAGCUGAGGGUUGCUCUGCAACAGCACCACUGGUUCUAUACAGCAGAAACGGAGGCAGUAGCAACGACAGAGCAGAAGGGCUCCCGAGGCACAGCAGGCCUGGGCGCGGGGCCUCUGGCGCAGCCACCCUUUUCGGUCCCAGUGGAUGCUUGCAGCCUAGAGCAGCAGCAGCAGCAACAACAACAACAACAACAGCAGCAGCAGCAGCAGCAGCAGCAGCAGCUGGAUUGUACAUCUGAACAGCACCAGCCAGUGCGGCAAGAAUACAACAAGAGGCCACCAGAGUUUUCGCCUCGGGAGGGGACGGGCCUCUGCGACAGCAGCUUUCCUAAAUACGACAGAAACUCGCACAGCAGCAGCAGCAGCAGCAGCAGCAGCAGCAGCAGCAGCAGCAGCAGCAGCAGCCAGUGCACCGCUGGGGAGGCACGAAGUCAGGCAUAUGAACAGGGCGAGAUAAUUUCGGUAGACAGGGGUACAGACCAGCAGCCCGCGACGCAGCCGCAGCAGCCGCCUCAGCAGCAAGAACUGCAGCAACAACUGCAGCAGAAGCUGCAGCAGACGGUGGAGCAGCAGGAGGAGACAGUCUCUACUUUCGUGCCCUGGCCGGGGCGGCCUAACAACUACCGACGUCCAGUAGCAACAGCAGCAACAAGAGCAGCAGCGGAAGCAGCGGGAGCAGCAGCAGCAGCAUCCUCUUCAUCAGCAGCAGGCGCGCGUGCGGGUACUUUGCAGCGGGAGUUUGAGCUGCUGCAGCAGGGCUUAGCAGCAGCAGCGGCGAGCAGCAGCAGCAGCAGCAGCAGCAGACGCAACAGAAACUCAUCUUCUACGACGGUGGAGCAGCAGGAGGAGACAGUCUCUACUUUCGUGCCCUGGCCGGGGCGGCCUAACAACUACCGGCGUCCAGUAGCAACAGCAGCAACAAGAGCAGCAGCGGAAGCAGCGGGAGCAGCAGCAGCAGUAGCAUCCUCUUCAUCAGCAGCAGGCGCGCGUGCGGGUACUUUGCAGCGGGAGUUUGAGCUGCUGCAGCAGGGCUUAGCAGCAGCGGCGGCGAGCAGCAGCAGCAGCAGCAGCAGCAGACGCAACAGAAACUCAUCCUCUGUUCUGCUAGCGGAGCUGCCGCUGGAGGCUGAGGAGAACCCGCUGGAGCCUCUGUUGACUUGGUCCUGCACGCGGUACGGAAUAGAUAGGAGACGCAGCGGAGAGCUCGGCGUGCUGACGCUGCUGAAUCACUCAACUCCCCUCAAGCUGGUUGUCCCCUUGGAGACAGACAGCAGCAGCAGCGCAGCAGCUGCUGCUGUUCCUGACACCGCUGCAGCUGCAGCUGCAGCGACGCCGGCAGAAGCCGCUGCAGCAGCCGCUGCUGCUGCUGCUGCUGCAGCAGCUGCUGCUGCUGCUGCUGCAGGCUCUGUCCCAGGCCCGCCAUCCAGCAUCGAUCCUGGAGCGAGCCCGCGAGACACAGCAGCAGCAGCUGCUGACGAUAGCGGCCUCGUAGCACCUCAGGCUGCAGAAGCAGCAACAGCAGCAGAAACAGCAGCAGCAACAUCUCCAACUGAUGAGGGGUAUGCAGCCGCUAAACAUGAUACAGAAGCCGCUGCAGCUGCAGCAGACGACGGAGCCAGUGCUGCAGCAGACACACCUCGUGAACGUGAUGAGGGCUCUGGUGCAAGCGGCUCAGCAGCAGCAGCAGAAGCAGCAGCAGCAGCAGAAGCAGAAGCAGCAGCAGCAGAAGCAGAGGAAGCAAAGCGGGAAGACCUGGCAGCAGCAGCAGAAGCAGUGUACACGGAAGCAGCAGAAGAAAAAGCAUAUUCCGUAGAGGCUGCAGCAGAAGAAGCAGCAGCACUAGCAGCAGCUGAGGCACCAGCAGCGGCCCCUUACGCGACAGAUGCAGCAGCAGAAGCAGCAGCAGCAGCUUUCGAAGCAGCAACAGCAGCAGAAACAGCAGCAGCAACAUCUCCAACUGAUGAGGGGUAUGCAGCCACUAAACAUGAUACAGAGGCUGCUGCAGCUGCAGCAGACGACGGAGCCAGUGCUGCAGCAGACACACCUUGUGAACGUGAUGAGGGCUCUGGUGCAAGCGGCUCAGCAGCAGCAGCAGCAGCAGCAGAAGCAGAAGCAGCAGCAGCAGAAGCAGCAGCAGCAGAAGCAGAGGAAGCAAAGCGGGAAGACCUGGCAGCAGCAGCAGAAGCAGCGUACACGGAAGCAGCAGAAGAAAAAGCAUAUUCCGUAGAGGCUGCAGCAGAAGAUGCAGCAGCACUAGCAGCAGCUGAGGCACCAGCAGCGGCCCCUUACGCGACAGAUGCAGCAGCAGAAGCAGCAGCAGCAGCUUUCGGUUUGGCAGCAGAGCCGUCUGAAUCAACAGCAGCAGAAGCAGCAGAUGUAGAAGCAGCAGCUGAGCUGACAAGCGCAGGUGCUGAUGCAGCAGCAGCGGCAGUAGCAGCACGAGCAGAGGAAACAGCAGCAGCAGAGACAGCGUACGGUGAAGGUUCUGACACCGAGGAUACUGGUGUGCGAGCAGAGGAAACAGCAGCAGCAGAGACAGCGUACGGUGAAGGUUCUGACACCGAGGAUACUGGUGUUGGAGACGCAUUGUCAGCAGCAGCAGCAGCAACAGCAGCAGCAGCAGCAGCAGCAGAAGCAGAAGCAGCAGCAGCAGCAGCAGAAACAGCGCGAGAAGAACUGGAGACGCCUGCUGCUGAGGAGUUUUUGCCAGAUGAGGUGACUGAAGCAACACACGAAGCGGAAGUGGAGGCAGCAGCAGCAGAAGCAGCAGCAGCAGAAGCAGCAACAGCAGCAGAAGCAGCUGCAGCAGAAGCAGCAGAAGCAGAAGCAGCAGCAGCAGAAGCACCAGCAGCAGCAGAAGCAGCGGAAGCAGAAUCAGUGGAAAUAGCACCUGAGGAGCAGUUUCCGGCUGCAGUUGGGGGGGAGGAGAUGGCAGCAGCACUGGGGACCGGGCGAGACUCUACAGCAGCAGCAGCAGCUGCUGCUGCUGCAUCAGAAGCAGCAGCAGCAGAUGCAGCAGCUAGAGCAGCAACAGGCGUGUGCAUCACGACGGACGAUGACUCUGGAGCUGACGACCUCAGCAGCAGCCGACUGACAACAAGCUCGUCGAUGCUGACGCAGACGAGCAGCGCCCCAACCCCUACAAAGCCGUUCGACUCAGAAAGUAAUUUACACCUGUUGGCAACAGCAGCAGAAGCAGCUGCAGCAGAAGCAGCAGAAGCAGAAGCAGCAGCAGCAGAAGCACCAGCGGAACCAGCAGCAGCGGAAUCAGAAUCAGUGGAGAUAGCACCUGAGGAACAGUUUCCGGCUGCAGUUGGGGGGGAGGAGGUGGCAGCAGCACUAGGGACCCGGCGAGACUCUACAGCAGCAGCAGCUGCUGCUGCUGCUGCAUCAGAAGCAGCAGCAGCAGAUGCAGCAGCUAGAGCAGCAACAGGCGUGUGCAUCACGACGGACGAUGACUCUGGAGCUGACGACCUCAGCAGCAGCCGACUGACAACAAGCUCCAGCAGCAGCAACACCCUUCAGCACCCGGCGGAGGCAGAUGACCUGGGCACUGAGGGGCUCACAGCGUCUGAGGCCAAAGGGCACUCGGUCGCGGCGCUGCGGGCGCUGUUCGAGCGAAGCCGCGCCGCCUGGUUCGAAGGAGAGCUUCAGCGCUUCUCGGAGCUCAACGACUCGGGGGACCCCACAAAGGCCAGCAAGAGCCGCUAG